CCACAGCAGGCAGAGAGAGAGAGGAGAGGAACUGCACUAGACUUGUUGAUAUCACAGCAAUGACUUCCAGCACUGACGGAGUGGAUUAUAUAUCGGGUUCUAGUGCCUAGAAUUGAUGACACUUAUUUAUUUAUUGAAGUUUGGGAUUUCCUGGGGCUGUUGAAAUGCUGUCUGUGGGCAAAAUGCGCUCCAGCGCAAAGUGCCAGAGUUGCGACAGCUACCUGAGCAUUAAGGACGCUGAGUCUUUGGACAACUGUAUCCAGAGCAUCUUGUCAGCCCUGUACCGCCCCUUCACUGCCACUGCUGCCACCGUCCUGUGGCAGCUCUUCAGUGUGGUGGAGCGGCAGUACCGUGGAGACGGCCUUCGCUGCUUCAUUGACUUCUUGCUUCCUGCCAAGAGGAUCCUGCAGAUCAUCCAACAAGAAACCUGUGUGAGGUUCAGAGGACUGCUGUUCUAUCAUGAGGGGUGGCCUCUUUGUAUCCACGAGAAAGUCAUCCUGCAGCUUGCCCCCCUGCACAAAGUGCGACUAAAGCAAGGAGACUUCUACCUACAGAUCGUCCCUUUAGGCCACAAGACUGCCAAGCUGGUGAUAAAAUGUUUGUCGGCCAGUGGGAAGGCCAUUGCAGAAAUCCCCAUCGCGGAGAGCAUGUAUGGCAGCAUCUUCACAGCUGAGUUCUUGCAGAAUGUAACGCGUGACCGGAACCUACAGCCAUUACAGAACUGUCUGCUCACCACCGGCACGGCUGUGUACAGGACAUUGUGGAAGAACGUGGUCAACCCACUGUUUGUCAGCAGCACGUCGGACGCCAUUAUGGAACCACACUGCAGCAGAAGUGGCUUUCAUGGCCAUCUCAGCACCUGCAGUACCAAUGGAUCCACAGGGACCCUAGAUAGUCACCGCAGUUCCAGAGAGUCCCUGCACUCCCAGGGAGCUGACUCCAUCUUCUCUGAACCCACCUCACCAGCAGACAGCAGAAACCAUAUGGACCCCAGCAGUGAGAGCAAUAGCAUCAGUGCAGCAGACACUGCUACCGCUGUCAUUAAGAUUGAAAGACCCGCUGAAGAGUGUGGGAUUGGACUGGGAGGUGAGGACAGUAGUGGUAGAGAAAGAGGGCAAGGGUCCAAGAUGCUCUCCUUUAGUACAGACCUCAGUAAUCCAGGCCCUCAGCGUCGCAUCCCUAAAGACUCCGUGGCCUUUGAGAGCAGGAGGCUUUUCAGGAAAUCUUACAUGGAGGCUCUGCAAAACCCCAUGAACUUUGGGUCCAGCUCUGAGUCCAUCUUGGAGGAAAGUCCAGACCACAGUGCUCGCCUAAGAGAGAGAACAGUGACACCAGGCAGCAGCCCUGACACCCGGACCGCUUCCAGGGAACGCUUAUCUCAGAGGUUGGGAAACCGGGGCUGGCUCAGUAGCGAUGACGCCCGGCCCAGCACACCUUUACUUUACUUACAGAGAGGGUUACGGAGCGCAGAAAGACGUGCAGAACAGCGCUCAAAGUCACUGGAGAGGACUAACAAGGGAGCCCAGGUUAAAGGCCACCGGGAACGAUCCUCCUCAGGAGGCUCAGGUAGCAUCUCAACUAAAAAACUAAUGAAUGGCUAUGCCCUUCAUUUUGGGAGGCUCGAUGUAGAGGCGGCUUCUUCUGCCUCUGAGAGGAGAAGCAGCAAAGAGGAGUCAGGAGCACGGGAUGACAUCAGCAGUGAGAGCAGGCGGCGCGGGUAUAGUGUAGAAGAGUCACACAGUCCUAAAGCUGCCAAUGGGACCGCCAUUAGGCUCAAUUCAGUAUCAAGCUCUUUCUCUGAGAGUUACUCAGCUCUCCCCAAGCUGGUGUCAGAGGUCAAUCAGGAGCUGCUCACAUCAGGGGCUGUGAUCUUGCCAGGAAACAGAGAUCGCUGUGGGAGGGCAGUACUGCAGGUGUGCACGAGAGCUCAGGUGUGGGCCAGUGAGAGGUGGACAGUCAAUGACCUCACAGGUUUACUGGGCUACUGCUACUCAAUAAUGCAGAAAGAAAGGCGUGUUCAAGGCCUAACUGUUGUAAUAGACAGCAGGAGGCAGCAACCUGUUCCAGCUCUGUUGUCAUCUCUGUCUGAACUGCAGGCUUUAGUACCAAAUGCCCUUUACUCAGUUCUCUUCCUAGUGGACAAAGAGGCAGCAGCCAAACCUGAGAAAGACAUCAAUGUGCAGACUGAGACACUGUCAUCUCUAAAGGCCUUGCAGAAGCACAUCGACCAAACCCAGCUUACACGUGACCUGGAGGGCACCUUCCAUUAUGACCACAGCCACUGGAUCCACUUUAGACAAAAAAUUGAGCCAUUUGCCAGCAGCUGUAGUGCAGCCAUCGCCUUCCUUCAGGAGUCUAUCAGCACACUAAGCUACAGUGACAACCUGAAGACCUCUAAGGAAGUGUCUGAGGUACUGGAACAGCAGAGGCAUCUCAUGAAGUGCGUGUUAGCUGACACCUGUCUGAACAGACUGCGUCUAGAGGGGGGAACUGUCCUCGCCCGCAUCAGGAAGGAAGAGGCCUGUGAAAAUGAAAACUACAGGGAUGCUGUUGACAUGUUGAAUGCACUGUACAACCAAGUAGAUGAAGAGGUUCAUAAACUUGUGAUCCUGUCCAACAAGUCUCAGCUACAGUUGGAGAGCAUGCUGGAGGUGUGCAAGUUUGAGGAGCAAACCCAGCAGAUCAAACUGUGGUUCAGUGUAGAGGGAGAGAAGCAGCUUGCACCUCUGGAAUCGAUAAAUCUGUCCGGUGCCAAAAUUAAGGAGAUGAAAGAGAGGUUGGACCAAUUUCUAGAGGAGUCGGUGCACCAGCAGAGGCACGGCCUGCAGCUUGUGAAAACGUCUCCAGAGUUGCUUCCAGACUCUGUCCUGCUUGACUUUAAGCAGCACCUGGGCUCCAUCCUAAGCAGAGUAGGGCAGAGGAAAGGCCAGUUAGACAUCCUAAACAACCUGUAUGAGUUUUAUGACUCGGCAAACCUUUGGAUGGACCACUGUCAGGAUUAUUUCCAUCAGCUGAGUAUGGAUGGUACAGGUGUUAAACUUUCACCAUCUGUGGUGCAAAUCCUCCAGGGUUACUACACCGAGGCAUCAAAAUUCUCUAUGGACAACUUCACCACCCUCAAUGACAUGGUGCUCUCGCUGGAGAGUCCUCAGCAGCUGCAGCAGUGGAACGCAGUGUGGCACAAAUGUCAGAAGACCAAACAGCAGUUGGAAGAGACUUUGGCCAGAGCCAUGAUGGUAUCAACAAACCCCACAGCUGUUGAUACAGCAGCUUCUUUAAAGACUGUAGGAAGUCAGGUUGCCUCAGCAGAGAAACAUGGAGCCAGUGCUUGUGUGCUUUUACCAGGGGCGAUUACAUCUUUGACUUUUGAGGACAUUAAGUCUCAUUCUACUGGGCCUUUCUCCAAAAGCCCCUCCAGGUCAGUCUCCUGCUUUUCACACUUCACUUCACCUGAGUGUGACAGCAAACUGAGGCACAGUCCUUCCAUGUUUGACGACACAGACAGCGACUGCACCAUCGACUCGACCAUUUCCUGCCAUUCUGAGCCCGUCUACUCCGGAGAGGCUCCCCCGAUGAAAAAGAUCAUGAAGAAGACCAUGAGCUAUGAGCUGACUCCAAAAGAGAGCGGUCACUUAGACGUCAGUCAUAUUCACUCCUACACAGGUGUGUACAUCAAGGGUUUGGAGGUGUCCGCAGAGAAGAAGCUGCAGAGGCCUGAUGUGAUGAGCCCUGCGUUGGGACGCAGCCGCAGCAUGUCCACACCCUCCAGGAUCCACAACAGACACAGUGACGGAGAUGGCAAGAAACAGAGCAGUAAAGUACAGCACAUCAUGGAUGAGAUGAUCUCCACAGAGAGGGAGUACGUUCGCUCUCUCAGCUACAUCAUCGAGCACUACUUCCCUGAGAUGGAGCGCCUGGACUUGCCUCAGGACCUGCGGGGGAAACGCAGCAUCAUUUUUGGGAACAUGGAGAAACUGUGGGACUUCCACAGUCAGUACUUCUUGAAGGAGUUGGAGUCGUGCGCCCACUCCCCACUCUCCAUCAGUAGUUGUUUUCUCAGACACGAGGAUCAGUUUGGAAUGUAUGCUCUAUACAGCAAGAAUAAGCCCCAGUCCGACUCUCUGCUCAGCAGCCAUGGGAACGAAUUCUUUAAGAAUAAGCAAGUAGAGCUGGGGGACAAAAUGGACCUGGCGUCCUACUUGUUGAAGCCCAUUCAGAGGAUGAGUAAAUAUGCGCUGUUGCUAAAGGACCUGAUCAAGGAGUGCAGUCAGUCCCAGGAGCAGGAGCUGAGUGACCUCCGCACUGCAGAGGAGAUGGUCAAGUUUCAGCUUCGCCAUGGCAACGACCUGCUAGCUAUGGAUGCCAUUCGGGACUGUGAUGUGAACCUGAAAGAGCAGGGUCAGCUUCGCUGCCAGGAUGAGUUCAUAGUGUGGUGUGGACGGAGGAAGUACCUCCGCCACGUCUUCUUGUUUGAAGAUCUCAUCCUCUUCAGCAAAACCAAGAAGAUAGAAGGAGGAUAUGAUAUUUACAUCUAUAAACAGUCUUUCAAGACGGCAGAGAUCGGUAUGACUGAAAAUGUUGGGGACAGUGGCCUGCGCUUUGAGAUUUGGUUCCGUCGGAGGAAGUCACAGGACACAUUCAUACUUCAAGCCAGCUCUGCAGAGGUCAAGACUGUGUGGACAGCCAUUAUCGGCAAGAUCCUGUGGAGGCAGGCGCUCAGAAACAGAGAGUUGCGUAUGCAGGAGAUGGUAUCUAUGGGGAUUGGAAGCAAACCUUUCAUGGACAUCAAGCCUAGUGAUGCAGCUAUCAGCGACAGAGCCAUUGACUACAUCAUGAAGGGGUCAGAGUCUAGGACGAGAGCUUCCAUCGCCGUGCCCUCAUUUGAACAUGUCACAUCAGUCAAGAGACCUCACUCCACCAUCUCCAACAGCAGCACCUCAUCGUCCAGCAGCCAGUCAUCCUCCUCUCUGCUGGGCUCACUCAAUCUCCAUUUCUACACCUCACCCUCUCACCUACACACACAUCCCAACAUUCCCUCUCUUGCCCAGUGGCCCUACAACUGCAUAGAGGAAGACGAACUGGAGCAGGACGCUGGGAGCCGGCCCUCCAUGAUCACUGAGAGCUCAGAGACAUCUUCCCAGUGCACCUCCAGUGACAGUGUAACAGGGCUGAGUACCCUCACUAUACCUGGGCACUCCAGCAUCAUCAUGGACUCCUACAGCAGCAACAACAGCAGCAGCGAGCCCUCCUCCUUCCUUUGCCCCUCCACACUCACCUCCUCAACACCGUCGCUAUUCCAGAAAGAUGAAGACCUCCAAUCUCAAGGCACCAAGUUCAUCACAGCAAGCAAGACCUCUCACAUAGCAGUAGGCCUGUCUACUGUGGUCUGACUCAGAGCUGAGGGGUUUGACCUCAUUGUGAAGUCUCGAACGUGAAUGCUACUUGAUGCCACAGCUUUGCAUAUCAGGACCAGGAGAUGAAAAGCAGAAGAGUCUAGCCUCGGAGCACUAAGGCUAACUCACUGAUGAUACUGCUAAUUGGAAAUAUAUACUGUCCUGAUGGUACAUCAGCGGUCAGUACAUUUGUUUUAAUGAGCUACAUAUGAAUCAGUGUUUAGACUGUCGAUGUUUUUUGUUAUGCAUUUUACAAAAAAGGAGAAAGAAAGUAAAGAUAAGAACAUAGCCGGCAGAUCAAACCAACAAUGUUGUACUGUUACAUUUCUUUUAUUGCCAGCCCUGUGUUGUGACAAGUUUGUACAGAUUAUUAAAAUGUUUAAAACAUGUUGUUUUAUUCAUUUCUUUGCCACAGUCAAACUCAUGUCCACCAGCAGUGUAACAAGAAACAAAAAGUUAAUCUCUGAUAU